GUUCGAUUUUUCAAACCCACCCCCCUCCCCCAACCGACGCUUGCCGACGCGCCGUCGCUACCUUCGACCAAAACCCAAAGCGAGUCAGUCGGUGGGUUGUUCCAAACCGAGGUUCGUAACGACUGGACGAGUUCAGUGGGCGGUUGGGGUCGGACAGGGAUGGAGCCGUCUCGUGUUCCCGGAGGACCUGCACCCCGUCUGGGUUUCCUUCUGGCCACGCUGGCCCUGACGAUGGCAGCAACCGGUAUGCUCUGCGGUGCGAUAAUGUCCGAUCACUGGGAGGAGGUUAGCUGGGAUAAGGACGUGAUCAAGGGACUGACAAACAUCACAACCCCCACGUGGUAUCUGGACGGUCAAGUAGCGAUGUUCGAACCUCAUCCGGGUCACACACAUCACCACCUCCACAAGCAGCCUGGCUUCCUGGUUCCAAUGAACGGCGGAAUUUGGACGCUCUGCGUUUCGUUGACGGAGGAAGAAAUUCGACUUCUUGGACGAGUUGGAUUCCCUCAGGAGAAAUGCAUCAAUUAUCUGACCCCCGACGAAGCUCACGAAGAGAUUCGAGCCACUUGGCAAAAUCGAAUGCAAAAUUUGAGUAUAUCCUGCUCGCUGGUUUGCCUGAUAAUUCUGAGCUGUGCUGCGCCGGUUGGUUUCUUCGGACUUUGCAGACACCAAAUAUCGGCGGUCCUUGUCGCUGGGGUCAUGUAUCUUUUGGCAGCAACAUUCGCGCUGUUCACGUUAACGAUAAUUCACUUCAAGAGGGCCCAGGACCGCGGAGCUCGAGUCCUCGAUGGGCCGGAGGAUGGAGUGGUCGGAGGGCCGGUGCCGAAGGAUGUGCUAAAGGCGCGAAGGUUCACGACUUCCUGGAGUCUCGACUUCGGCUGGGGCGGAGUGACGCUUUGCGCCCUGGCCUCGGUGGCCUGGAUACUGCUGAGUAAAAUAAUGCGUUUCAGUCCGAUAGCGGCUCUGAUCGCGUAGCAGUGGGAGGCCUUUGAGGUUUGAAACAGAUCGAGCAACGGUAUAGAUGCAGGUGUAGCUGCUGGAUGCGCGAGAGGAUAUUGCAGGAGGAUCAGUUGUCCGAUAAGAAGACCGAAGGUCGGUCAGUCAAUUGAAAUGCUGUGAUGACGAUGAUGAUCGAUUGAUGAUGAUUCUUACCGACCCGCCAACUUGAACAUUGUAACAAUCUUUCUCUAUAUUAAUGCUGUACGAUUGAUCGACUAAUCGUUUUUCCGAUUAAUCGAAAUUGCCUCGUACUAACUCUGCAGGUCAAUAAGUACAUGACUAGCAACUCACAUACCAUGUUCGAUUUUGUAUUUCGGUCAGAGACAAGUAUAGUUCGAGAAUGGUGAAUAAGUUGCGAGUCAUAAGUAUGCCGAUAGACCUGCAGAAUCAUUAUUAGCUAAAUUCGAUUAAUCGAUU